CUCUUCGAGUUUAUUGUGUUUGACUUUGUUUGUAAACUAUUCUGCUAUCUGGUGUAGUUUAUGUUACGGGUUGUUAUGAAAGAAUGUAUGUCAGAUUUCUAGGUUAAAAAGAAAAAUAGCAUUCGUUGCUUGUUCUCUGUAAAAUGGCACAACCCCUUAGCACAGCAAUGGAAAGCCUUACGGCUGCGAUGAAUAGCAGCAUUGUUCCUAGUCAAGAGUAUCUGUUACAAGGUAGCGUGCUAGAUUCCGCUGUAGAAGUGUUGCUACACCGUCUCAGAGGACUUUGUGACAACGUCGACUCUGGCCCAGAACAGUUCCAUGAUCAUGAGAUGUGCUUCAGUAUUCGUGGAACAAGUGCUCAGCCAUUAUUGUUGAGAGUUCGACGGGCCCUGGAUUAUCCUGAUAUGCCAUUUCAAUUACGUUACAUUGGUCAACCUGAAAUAGAUAAAUCAAGACCCACAAUUGUGAGAAAUAGCAUAGAUAUAGGCACAAGCUCAUCUGUGGUUGAAUUUCUAACUGAACUGGGCUGUAGAAUGGAUUUUGAGUACAUUGUGAGAGGUUAUAUGUUCCGGAAAGGUCGCAUGAAAAUCACUGUAUCCAAAAUAUUUAAGGUUGGCCAAGGCAAGACGUUAGAAAGUGUAGAACCUAUGUCACAAUCAUAUCUUGUAGAGCUUAGUGUUUUGGCUCCUGCUGGACAAGAAGCCAUUGCAGAAGAUAUGCGGAGUUUUGCUGAACAGUUACGGCCCCUUGUUCAGCUUGAGAAACUGGAUUACAAAAGACUACAGCAUUUACCAUGAAGUGGUUUACCUUUGGUUACAGGGUUAUCACAGAGAGGAUACCUUGACAAAACAGCUGCCAUCUUCACGUGGUUGCUGGCUGUUGAAUUCAAGAUUGCGGCAUGUGGCACACAGUAGCUCUGCCUAAAAUGCAGAAGACAAUAUUGCAGUUUCAUGACACCCAUCAAGUCUUGUGCCAAGCAAAGGAAAGCACAUUGAAAUAAAUAAACAUUGUAAAUAUUUUAAAAUAUGGCAGUUUACCUGUUGUUGCUCAGGUAGAAAAGAUACCAAUGUUAUCAGCUCUAAUUUGUUACGAUACUUUUUGCAGAAAUAAAUUCCUAUAUCUUAACCCAUUCCA